ACCGUUUCGGCGUGUUUCGGGUCUUCGUCGUCCUUUCGUCAUCUUCGCAUAAUGCAAAUAAAAAGUAGCGGUAAUGAUUGUGGCUGUUCCGGCGGACCAGUUGGAUGAAUGGUGGCAAGUGCUCCGCCCUGCCGAAUCUUUCCUUUCCGCCGCCGCGUUUACUGCUGGGCCGCGCUGACGGGCGUGCUCUGGGAGCAGUUUAGCGCGAGCGCGAGGACGACACCAUGAACAGCGUGAUGGAAGACGUGUCGUCCACGUUCGCGCUCGACCCCCAGGAAGAGAUGCGGCUGCUCAAGGAUAAGGUACGACAGCUGGAGCUGCAAAACAAGCAGCUCCGCCGGAGCCAACAGCACCUCAGGUCCUUGUCCCCUUGCAAAACGGUCGAGAACAACAGCAAGGACCUGAAGCAGUCGUUCAACAUGAGCAUGUCGGACGAAGGCAAUGAGAAGUCCUCCAAAGAGAGCUCGCUCGAGGACCUCGGCAUCAUCGACGUCGAGUUUAUGUCCGAGCUGGACGACGAGACCUGGCUGUACGAGCCGCCAGAGACGGGAGCCGGCGAGGCGACGGCUGCUCCGCUGACCAGCACCACCCGUGAAAGGGUGGCCGUACAGCCCAGGGAAGCCGUCGCUGUCAACAGCGCUCUCCCCUCGCUGUCCGACCAGUUGGACGAAAUCACGCAAUGGCCAAGCAGAACGUUUGAUUCGCGCACAUUCACGCGUCCACGGAGGAGACGGCCCGCACUUGACCUGGAGGCCAUGCCGACGAUUGCCGCUGUGGAAGCAGGAUCACCGAGGGAGUUGCCCGUUCGGCCAGCCGUACAGCCAGUGGCUAGCCCGGAAGUUGUGUCGCCAAGCCAGGAGGAGGCCUCGCCAAAUAGUUCCGUGCCACCAGUGGUCCCAUCACAAACUUUACCCCGUGCACCUGUCAGUGUUCACGAGAUCGCUCGACUUCAGGAAGAGAGUUUAAGACUGAGCUCUCCCAUAUCUUCUCCGAAGCGAACAUCCACAACUAGUGGUAGGGUUGCUGAAUCAAGUCCGGACGACUCCUUGGAUGAUCAGCACGAAGUUCAUCAGAGCAGGGUGCAGAAUGCAGAAGGUGAUGCAAGGCAACGACUUCGCACACCUCCGUUGUCCCUGGCACGAACUAUGGAGAACCAGAGUCCAUCGCCUGGAAGUAGUCCGUAUGGCUCCAAUUCUUCUCUACACCAGAUGUCUCAAAUUCCAAGUAAAGGUGCAACGCGAAGGAGCCUGCCCAACUUGAGCAGGGUGCUGAAUGGACUAGGCACUCGCAAUCCCAGCGCAACUGGCCACCAGUCCAAGCAACAACAAUCGUCGUUGAGCCAUCGAAACAACCUUAGCCAGCUCCCUCAGCCCGAGAUCACAGGCCGCUCCGCAUUGCCCACGUCGGCACGCACCCGCUCGUCCUCCGUGGUGGCCGCCGUCUCAACACCACAAUCGGGGCCUUCCUCAGCCUCCAGGACGUCCCAUGCAGGAAGGCGCUCUCUGGGCUUGCCACAGAGAGUGUCUCACGCAUCGCCCCCUUCUCGUAUGCCGCCACCUGCAAGGUACAUGCCUGCAGCCCCUCCGGCAGCAUCAGCAGCACCUACAGCUCCGACAACUCCUGCGGCCACUUCCGUUCCACAGAGGUCGGGGCUGCCGCGACCUUCUCGGAUUCCACCGCCACGUUCGCAGAAGAGGUCUGGAAUCCCUGCCUUCAGCAGGAAUGCUGCAAUGCCAUCAAGGUUUGCAGAACCGGAUGACGACUGGAGUGACGGUUGUUACUGAAAAAUGCCACGCCAUAGGCAGCCGUGCCCAUGCGCAUUUUAUAUUUUUUAAUAGCAGCAUUUUGCAAUGGGUUUUUCAUAAUUAUUUUUCCGAUGAUGAAUGGUGUGUACUCCUGGUUCUUAGUUCAAAAAAAUAAUAAGCGCAUCGUUCCCAUUGCUCUGCUCCCAUUGGCAGAGUGAUGUUCUGUGUUGUCCCUUGUCUCUCACUCAUCUCAAAGCUGGGCUUGUUCUGAUGUGAGCAGUUGUAUGUGUUGUAGUUCAAUUUGCAACAUGCCAGCAGGUGGUAUCCCAGAGAAAAUAUUUCGUAGCUGCAAGGCAGCACUCUGGAUGAAGUGUAACAUUUCCUUAAAGGGGGGCCGUGCAACACUUUUUUUAACAUUGUCAGUAAACACUGCAAGUGUUCGAGGAUCCUGUUAACAUGUGAGCCACUUUUUAGAGUGCUGCACACUCUAUGACAAUUACGUUUCAAAGACUGCUUCGAAUCACUGUAAUCUUGGUAAAUUGCAUUGUUGACGGGCCCAACAUCUGCGAGUCCAACACAACCAUUGGCUGAUUUGAGCAUUAGUGAGCUUCAUAGUUACCGUGCCUGCCUCGAGGUGCCAGCACAUGCUGGUGCAUACUGUAAUGUGCUUGAACGGCACAGCACAAGGCGCUCUUAAUCACACCAAAAGGCAAUGCAUUAAAGAAAAAGAAGAGAGUGCUGAAGUUCACGAUGCGUCCCGCUGUGUAGCUUUUGUCACGCUUGUCGGGACAAAAGGAGAGGCGAAACACCCUUAAAGUGCGAAACAAAUCCCGGUAACUCCAGUGAAGUCAUUCAGUGACUACUUAGAAAAGUCAUGCUGGUCCCCUUUAAGUAAAUAUACUUCAGAUGUUUCAAAGUCUGGUGCCAAUGGAUUGAAGCUAGUGACCUUGUUGCCAUAUGCAAACUGGAAAAGAGCUCUCUCUGGGAAUUUGUUGAAAUUAGGUGUCGUGUUGGUUCAUUUUGGAUUAUAGAGCAUUGUUUCCAUAUGUGGUUCACUUUGGAGCUUUGUGCUGGCCGAUUUAUAAAUGCUGCAGAUUCUAAGUCAUCCAUAUAUAAUAUCAAGACUUAACUGACAAAUUUGCUCCGAACUGUUCCUGCUACACCUGUCAGUGCUCCAAACCAAAGUUAUAGAACAUUGCAGACCUGUCAUUUAGCUUACUGUGUUGUCUCAUGUCUUCGCCCUUUGUGUUGCGCGGCCAGGGUAAGCAAAGUGGUGUAAUACGAGCCCAUUCAUUCCUUCUCUUUCUUAUUUGAGCCUGGCACCUUAUUGCUCACAUUUGAAAUCUCUUAACAUUCUACACUUUUUUUAGCGUACAAGGCAGUAGUGCUGCCUAUAAGUGGAGAUUGUCAUGUUUUUGGUUUUGGAGGCUCUGGAAAAUGGUGGUUCACUGGAACUCUGCAGUGCAGAGAAACGGGGUUGGGGGAUUCUCUGCAUUUAGAGCAAUAUUACUGUGAUAUAUUUAUGGAGCUGGCCAUGCAAGACCUCUCUUUUAUUUCAUAAGCUGCUUCCAAUUCUCCCCUUUUUUUGGCCAUGCGAAAAAAAGUCUGGAGUGGUUGUAACUUCCCUGUCCGCAAGAUACCGCAUCCGUUAAGAAUAGUGUGAAUGUCUCCUCACAAGUACAACCUGAAGGAGCAGUCGCCGAUUGCUCGCUUGUACAUUAACGUUGCAGGGUUUGUUGUGGAAGCUGAGAAUAAUUCAUCUCAGCUUAGGUGCAGCAUGCUUGAACUGUAUCCAUGCAGAUGCUACAGUGAUGACAAAUGCAUUGUGUAUAUAUAACUGCUGUUUUUCUAUGAAACAAUAAAAUUGCUUGCGUGACAAA